GCGGCGCCCAGGAGCGCACGCGGGGCGCAGCGGCCGUAGCGGAAGGGCCGGGCCUGGGCAGCGCCCGCGGUCCCGCUCCGUGCCCCUCUGUGCCCCGUCCCUGUCCGUCCCUGUCCGUCCCUGUACGCGUUUCUUUUUUAGGUAAAAAAUGAAGGCCAGAAAAGGAGGGAGAUUUAGAUCUUCCUUUAAAUUGAAGCGAAAAGGCAUUGAAGUAGUAGGAGAAUGGAAAACUGUGCCGAUUGACCCCAAUCUAUUUGCUGAGGAGGAGUUUCGAGACAUUGUGUGCUUGGAGGAGCUCACAGAGUACAAGCUAGUAAGUUCUUCCAAAGUGGGGAAAGUAAAAGAGAAGAAGAGAAAGGCUGAGAGUGCUGCUGAAGAAGGCAGUGAGGAGGUGGAAGAGCCUGUUGUUCCCCCAAAAAAGAAAAAGAAAAACAAAGAUUUGAGAAGCCAGACAGAUAAAGGUAAUAUUCCUAAUGCAGCAGAAGUUGAUGUGCUGGUUGAUAAAGAGGCAAAGCGUAAUGAAAUAAUUGAAGAAGAAGCUAAUUGUGAAGACCAUGGACAUGUGACUGAGAGCACAUCAAGCAGAAGAGACACUCCAAAGAAGAAGAAAAAGAAGGUGCCUAAAAACAAGGCUUUUCAAGCACAGGAAGCCCUUCCAUCAGUAGCUACUUCUAAAAAAGUCAAAAACUGGACAACAGAAGUUUUAUCCACCUCAACUGAUCAAAAAGCUGAUGUGUCUGCAUGGAAAGACCUGUUUGUACCUGAGCCAGUGCUGCAGGCCUUGAGCUGCCUGGGGUUUAGUGCUCCAACUCCUAUUCAAGCCUUAGCCUUGCCUUCCGCCAUUCGGGAUAAUAUGGACAUUCUUGGUGCUGCAGAAACAGGAAGCGGCAAAACGCUUGCAUUUGCAAUUCCGAUGAUUCACUCUGUGCUGCAGUGGCAAAAAUCAAAUAACUCAACAACCAGAAAUGACAGUGUUUCUAAAGAGUCCCAUCAGCAUCAUGAUGAACCAAGAUGGAAAAAUGAGGAUGAAGCAGAAAAACUAACCCAUCAGCAGGUUGAAGAUAGCGGAGAUGAAGAUGAUGCAUCUUUCACUACAGGCUGUGUGAAGGUGCUGGAAAACGUUGAAUUCAAUUCCGAUGACGAGACACACACUGUUGGCUCUGAUAAAAAGAGACCUCUUUUAGGACUGGUCCUUACACCUACAAGAGAAUUAGCUGUACAAGUAAAGCACCACAUUGAUGCAGUUGCAAAGUUUACAGGCAUUAAGACUGCAAUCCUAGUAGGAGGCAUGGCUGCACAGAAGCAAGAACGUGUGCUGAAUCGAAAGCCAGAAAUUGUAAUUGCAACCCCAGGCCGUCUGUGGGAGUUAGUUAAAGAGAGACACCCACAUCUUUCAAAUCUUCGUCAGCUCAGGUGCCUUGUGAUUGAUGAAGCAGACCGAAUGGUUGAGAAAGGUCACUUCUUAGAGCUGUCUCAGUUGCUCGAAAUCUUAAAUGAUUCACAGUAUAACCCUCGACGACAGACUUUUGUUUUUUCUGCCACUUUGACUUUAGUCCAUCAGACUCCCACAAGAGUUUUACAAAAAAAGAAUGCUAAAAAGAUGGACAAGAAGACCAAACUAGAAUUGUUAAUGGAAAAAGUAGGAAUAAAGGGCAAACCCAAAGUAAUAGACUUAACAAGGAAAGAGGCUACUGUUGAGACACUGACAGAAACCAGAAUCCACUGUAACACAAAUGAGAAGGACUAUUAUCUCUAUUACUUUCUUCUCCAGUAUCCAGGAAGAACCAUGGUCUUUGCAAACAGCAUAGAUUGUGUAAAACGCCUCAGUUCUCUCCUCACAAUCUUAAAUUGUGAUCCUCUUCCUUUGCACGCCAACAUGCACCAAAAGCAAAGGCUGAAAAACCUGGAAAGGUUUGCUGAGCGAGAGAGCUGUGUCCUCCUGACAACAGAUGUUGCAGCUCGUGGUCUUGAUAUUCCUAAUGUCCAGCAUGUCAUCCACUACCAGGUCCCGCGCACCUCGGAGCUGUACGUGCACAGGAGCGGCCGCACGGCCCGAGCUGCCAGCCAAGGCCUCAGCCUGCUGCUGAUCGGCCCCGAGGACCUCAUCAAUUUUCGGAAAAUCUAUAAAACACUGGAGAAGAGUGAAGAGCUGCCGUUCUUCCCAAUUGAUGCCAAGUGCAUGACUUCUAUUAGGGAACGGAUGAAUCUGGCAAGGCAGAUUGAGAAGGCAGAAUUUUUUAACAGUCGGGCAAAACAACACAACUCCUGGCUCCAGCAAGCUGCAGAGGCUCUUGAGAUUGAUCUUGAGGAUGACAUGUUGAUGGGCAAAAAAACUAGUGAGCAAGAAGAAAGCCAGAAGCAAAAGAUGCUGAAGGGGAUGAAAAAACAACUGAAACAUAUGUUGUCCCAGCCACUGUUCAAAGUCCUUAUGAAAACCAAGUACCCAACACAGUCUGGAAAACUACUCUUACCUCAGACAUCAGAGCGCAUUUCAGCUCUAGGUGCCAUGUCCAAAAAGCAAGCCAAGAAGAAGAAAUCAAUAAAAUAAAAUUAGAUAACAGCAAGAUCACAGAAGCAAGGACUAUCCUCAAUCAAGGCUGUCAGUGCUUAUGGAGGAAGCCAGCUAGAAGACAGAUUGUGUAAGGUUGUUGCCUGUGUAUUGGUUGUGCAGGCACAAAACAAAAUGCUGAUUUAAAGGGCUUAAUUAACAUCUGGUUAGUUACUGUUGAAUCUUGUCUUGGAUCUUGGUUUUUUAUGUUAUUUUUUUCAUAAAUCUCUAUAUUAAUAGAAGUUAAUUAGUUUUCACAUAGUUCUGAUAAUUACUCCACUUUGUGAGAUGGGUAAGAGUUACUGAGUGGAAUUCACUAUGGGCAUACUUUAAUGGUAAAACUUGAUUUGAAUUUUAAUGUUUUUGAAGGACAGAGGAAGGUCAGCUAUAUACAGUGCAAGUACAGUCUGAGUGGUAGUGGGAGGUUUGGCUUUUGCUGCCUCCAGCUCAGUGUGAAAGGCAGAAAAUACAGAUAAUGUUGCAAGUAAGUCUACAGUUCUGAUUAUGGAAAUGUCCAAGUUUUCUUUCUCCUCUGAUAAUAUUUCUCAGUUCUGUUCUCCACCAGGUUUAAUUCUCUUAGUCCUGUGUUAAUAUAUUUGAAUGUGCAAAAAAAAUUGGGGUGGCAAUGGACCAGAACUGACCUUGGGAGAUGUGUAGACUUCUGAGAAAUAAGUGUUGCUACUCAGUGUUUUGUUUUCUUGAUUAAUAUUUGAAGUUAAGCCUGUAUUUGAAAACAUGUUAGAACCAUGAUUUUUACUGUAAUAGAAGAAAUGAUGUUUUGAAAUGUCAAUUUUGAAGAUUGUGCCAUGAUAAUUAUGUUUUUAAAUAAUUUUAACCUGAUCUGGGCAAAUAUUUUUAAACUGUUUUUAAAAAUAUGUCAGAAAAAUAUAUUUUGAAUUUUUGUUAAAUUAUAUCUGCCAUAAACUUGAAAA